UAAAACGACCCAGGCGGGAGUGGAAGCCGGAUCCCGCUCUUUCAUUUUCGUUUCCCGGAAGGAUAGCAAUUACCGGAGCGCCCUGCGCGCCUGCUCGCCUGGGAACCCGAGAGCGCAGCACCAGGCGCAAUUUGAAAGAGAUUUCCUCCCACGCGACCUUCCAGUUUUGAGGGCCAAGUUAGCGGAGGGCCUGAGAGCGCCGGAGAGCCCAGCAACUGCAGCCACCAGAACGCUCACCACGGACAGCGGGUGGCUCCCUCACCUUCACCUAUAAUGCAGGAGGGAGCAUUGGCUGGUUCUCCUGUGAGUCCCAAGGCAGCCACACCACCCCCAGGCACCCAGGCCCAAGCCAGAUGUGAAGCUCGAGUGAACCUGCUAGGUGACAGGGCAAUCUGCAGGCUGCCAGGAAGACUCCGCAUCCAGCCUGUGCUCUGGAGCAGGGAGGACGUGCUGCACUGGCUGCGCUGGGCCGAGCAGGAGUACUCUCUGCAGCACACGGGGGAGCAUGGCUUUGAAAUGAAUGGCCGAGCCCUGUGCAUCCUCACCAAGGACGACUUCCGGCUCCGGGCCCCGGGUUCAGGUGACGUUCUGUAUGAGCUACUCCAGUUCAUCAAGACCCAGCGGCGAGCCCUGGUGUGUGGGCCAUUUUUCGGAGGGGCCUUCAGGCAGACAGCGCUCACUCAGCCCUGCUCCUGCUCCUGCUUCCUGGAAGAGAGGAUCAGGCCCUUGCAGGUGACCCCCAAAAGGGGCCUCCUGCCGCAGCCACCAGACCCGGGCCUUGGCAGCUCCUUGAGCCAUCGAAAUGUCCCUGGCCCAGCCAGCUGGCCCCUCAGCAGGGAGGAGUCCCUCAAUUUAUCUCACUGGGCGGAGCUCGGCUGCAGGGCUGAGGGAGUCUGCUCCUUCCCCAGGACGCCCCAGGCCCCCAUCGAUGGUAGGAUUGCCGACUGCCGGCUGCUGUGGGAUUAUGUGUACCAGCUGCUCUCUGACACCAGGUACGAGCCCUACAUCAAGUGGGAAGACAAGAACGCCAAGAUCUUCCGCGUUGUGGAUCCAAAUGGGCUCGCCAGACUCUGGGGAAACCACAAGAACCGGGUGAACAUGACCUAUGAGAAGAUGUCACGUGCCCUGCGCCACUACUAUAAGCUGAACAUCAUUAAGAAGGAACCUGGGCAGAAACUCCUGUUCAGGUGGCGCAAAGCCUCUUGUGUUGGUGAUGGUACCACUACGCUGACAGCGUCUGUGCUGUGAUGGAGAAUGCCUGCUCCCUCCUACUAAGAUGUGAGAAAAACUUCCCAACUCAGGCAUGCUCUGUAAGUAGACAUCCAGCCCCUGCUUGAACACCUCCAGUGAUGGGGAGCUCACUAUCUUUUGGGGCAGAGUUAGUAGCUGGAGUGGGGGUGAAAUUGAGGGCACCAAAAAGCUGCCUGUUCAGUGAUUAUCACCCUUACUCUCCCAACCCACAGGACAAUGGUUUCUGAAGUUUCUAUCUUCCCAGUCUCUUUGUUGGGAAUAAUUUACUUCCUCUUCUUAUCACCUUACUCCUGAGUAGUUUAUCAACUUUCUGAGCAGAGGCCCAGAUGAGACCUUUCUGGGAUAUGGGCCAGGGGUGUGUCAAAAGCCUCUCUACCCUCACUUUACACACCCAGCCCCUGACUAUGAAUCAAAAGGAUUAAGGCUCCCUCAGUUCCUGGUGGCUUUAGUGAAGUCAGCCUUCUGGGCCUAAGUUUCCACAUCUGUGAAAUAAGUAACAGCAUGCUCCGCCCUGCUUACCACAUUAAGUUGUUAAGUUUCAAAUGAAAUAAUGUAUUCAUUUAUUUAACAAGUAUUUAUUAAGCACCUGUGAUACUCCAGGCACUGUUCUAGAAAAUGGGGAAACAGUAGUAAGCAGAUAAGUAAGUGAUAAAUACAGCAUUUGCUGUCAGUUGCUGAUAAGCACCUAGAAGGAAAAUAAAAUACAGCCAAGUGAAGGGGUCUGAUUUUAAAUUGAGCUGCCAGAGAUGUGAAAAGCAUGUGAAAACAGGAGUAAAUCAUCUUCACCUACAUCAACUUUUCACCUGUCAUCAGCCUGUCCCCCUUCUCUUUGGCCUGUGGUUUCUACCAUGAAACUCACGCCUGAGACAGACAGUGCUGUUAGUUUCUGUUAUGUGCAACCUAACGCAAUCCUAAUGGGUAUGAAUAAUGAAGACAGGAGCCCAGGAGGAGAAGACCACGUGCCCAGAGCUAUCCCUCUCUAUCCGGCUCCUUUGCCUGUGGGGGAGCCACAAGCUAAGACCAAUGAGAUCACAAAGUCUCCUGGACAGACCUCACGGCUCCAGGUUAGGCCCAUUUAAACAUCCAAACUCAAGGAAGCCCUGUGUAUCAUCCACAGUGCUCUGGCUAGAAAGCCCCGGGGUUCUAAAUAUGGCUCUUGAUAUCCCAGAAAUUCAAUUAGGAAGGGAUUUCCCCUCAGUCAGAUGAUCACCCACUCCAGCCAGUGACAUACUCAGGUUAUCAACCCAUAUAUCAACCACAGUAUAGAAAAAAAUUUUUUCUUUGUGAUGAGACUGUUAGGAUUUACUCUCUUAACGGCUUUCACAUAUAACAUACAGCAGUGUUAAUUAUAUUUAUCAUGUCGUACAGUACCUAGUACUUAUUUAUCUUAUAACUGAAUAUUUGUACUUUUUACUACCUUCUUCCAAUUUUUCCCCCCACCCCCAACACUCUUCCUUUGGUAACCACAAAUCUGAUCUCUUUUUCUAUGGGUUUGUUUGUUUGUUUUUGAAGAGUAAGUGACUGACAAAAUUAUGUUAGUUCCUGGCACACAACAUAGUGAUCUGAUAUUUCUAUACUUUUUGAAAUGAUCACCACAAUGUCUAGUUACCAUCUGUCACCAUACAAAGACGUUACGUAAUUAUUGACUAUAUUCCUCACACUGUACAUUUCAUACCCAUGACUCAUUUAUUUUGUAACUGCAAGAUCUGUACCUCUUAAUGUCUCUCACCUAUUUCUCUCUUCCUCCCCCCCUCCCCUCUGGCAACCACCUGUUUGUUUUCUGUAUCUAUGAUUCUGUUUCUGCUUAGUUAUGUUUAUUCAUUUGUUUUGGUUUUUAAGAUUCCACACAUAAGUGAAAUCAUAUAGUAUUUGUCUUUUCCUGACUGACUCAAUUCACUCAGCACAAUACCCUCUAGGUCCAUCCAUGUUGUUGUAAAUGGCAAGAUUUCAUUCUUUUUUAUGGCUGAGUAACAUUCCUGUGUGUGUGUGUGUGUGUGUGUGUGUGUGUGUGUGUGUGUGUGUGUAUCGCAUCUUCUUUAUCCAUUCUAUUGAUGGGCACUUAGGUUGUGUCCAUAUCUUGGCUAUUGUAAAUAAUGAAUAUCUUUUUCCAUCCCUCAUCAAUCUGUGUGUCUUUAGGUCUAAAGUGAGUCUGUUACAGGCAGUAUAUGGGUCUUGUUUUGUAUCCAUUCAGCCACUCUCUGUCUUUUGAUUGAAAAAUUGAGUCCAUUUACAUAAAGUAAUUGUUGACAGGCAUAUACUUAUUGCCAUUUUAAAAACUAUAUUUGGGUUGUUUCUGUUCUUUUUUGUUCUUUCUUCUUCUUUUGCUCUCUUCCCAUGUGAUCUGAUGACUAUCCUUAGUAUUAUGUUUGAAUUCCUUUCUCUUUGUGUGUGUGUAUCUAUUAUAGGUUUUUGGUUUGUGGUUACCAUGAGGUUUAUAUAUAACUACAUAUAUAACUAUAUACAUACAUAUAAUAUAUAUAAAUUAAAAACUCUGCACAGUCCAUGGCCUGCUCUGUAUCUUCUAACAUCCUCUUACAGAUUAAAUUGUAUCCCCCAAAUUCCUAUGUUGAAACUCUGACCUCCAAUACUUCAGAAUGUGACUGUGUUUGGAGAUAAGGUCUUCAAAGAGAUAAUUAAGUUAAAAGAAGGUCAUUAGGGUGGGCCCUAAUUCAAUCAGAGACUGCUGUGUUAUAAAAAGUGGAGAUCAGGACACAGAGAGACAUGAGGGGUGUGUACGUACGCAGAAUAAAGACCACGUGAGGACACGAUGAGAAGGCAGCUGUCUGCAAGCCAAGGAGACAGACCUCAGAAAACAUAAACUCUGCUGGCACCUUCAACAGCCCCAGAACUGUGGGAAAGUAAGUAUCUGUUGUUUAAGCCGCCUGGUCUGUGGUGCUUUGUUAUGGUAGCCCGAGCAAACCACUACAUGUCCUGUCCUGGGUUCUAGCCCUUUAAGCCUUCGUGUUAUGGCUCAGUACUUUGAUAAAUUAGCCUGGGAUGAUGUUUUAACGCAGGUGAUGGAAUCCCUCAAAUUUCCCUCAAUAAUGUAUCUAAACUUGAAACAUGAAUCUUCAAUGCCUAAUCCCUAAACGGGAUUGGCAGUGAGGUAAUACAGGUAUCAGCCCAGCACCCCUCUUGCCAUCCUCCUGUUGAUAACUGAUUUUGCCUCUGGGAGCGGCUCUCCUACUCCAUCAAAGCCUCCUGCCCCUGGUGAUGCGGGAGAGCCCUCUAACCUAGGCAGGGCCAUUGAAAGACACUCAUUUCCCUGACCACAGUGAUUGGUCAGGAGAUGGCAUAUGACCCAGGAAAGGCCAAUCAGAGAUCUUCCCUGGGAUUUUUCUAACUGGAGCUGGCAGGGAAGUUAUCCCCAAACUGGUGGUGGCCAUGCCCUCUGCCCUGAGGGGAUGCCAGGGAAGCAAGAAGGUGAUGUAGGGUCCCGACAGGGUCUGUCCUGUCCAAUCGGUGGGAUUUCUGAGCUAUUUUGAUCCCUGCGGAUUUUACACACACACACACACACACACACACACACCAUGGAAUAUUACUUAGUCUUAAAAAAGAAUAAAAUAAUGUCAUUUGCAGCAACAUGGAUGGACCUGGAGAUUGUCCUUCUAAGUGAAGUAAGCCAGAAAGAGAGGGAGGGUGACUGAAGAGAGAAAGAGUACAGACACUCAACCUCCCACUAGUGCUGCCAGGGCUGUGGGUUGGAAAGUAGGAGACAAAUUGGAUAAGUUAUUAUCAUCACAUUCUGUUGCCACAACUUUUCUCCCUUACUCUUGAGAAGGGACUGGGAGCUGCUCUGCAUUCACAUUAGAUGAGCACCAAAAUCAGCCCAGGCUCCCCCUGGCUUGCUGGUCAUUCUGCAUUCAAUAAACAGCAGCAGCUGGUUGAUCAGGACCAACAUUUCAGAGAGGUGGAAUGUUUUCUCUUUUUUUAAAUUUUAUUUUAUUGAGUUAUAGUCAGUUUACAAUGUUGUGUCAAUUUCCAGUGUAAAGCACAAUUUUUCAGUUAUACAUGAACAUACACUAUAUAUUCAUUGUCACAUUCUUUUUCACCAUGAGCUACCACAAGAUCUUGUAUAUAUUUCCCUGUGCUAUAUGGUAUAAUCUUAUUUAUCUAUUCUAUAUAUACCUGUCAGUAUCUACAAAUUUCGAACUCUCAGUCUGUCCCUUCCCACCCCCGCCCCCUUGGCAACCACAAGUUUGUAUUCUAUGUCUAUGAGUCUGUUUCUGUUUUGUAUUUAUGUUCAUUUGUCUUUUUCUGUUCUUUCUUUUGUUUUUAGAUUCCACAUAUGAGCAAUCUCAUAUGGUAUUUUUCUUUCUCUUUCUGGCUUACUUCACUUAGAAUGACAUUCUCCAGGGACAUCCAUGUUGCUGCAAAUGGCGUUAUGUUGUCAUUUUUAAUGGCUGAAUAGUAUUCCAUUGUAUAAAUAUACCACAGCUUCUUUAUCCAGUCACCUGUCGAUGGACAUUUAGGCUGUUUCCAUGUCUUGGCUAUUUAAAUAGUGCUGCUAUGAACACUGGGGUGCAACUGUCUUUUUGAAGUAGGGUUCCCUCUGGAUAUAUGCCCAGGAGUGGGAUUACUGGGUCAUAUGGUAAGUCUAUUCCUAGUCUUUUGAGGAAUCUCCAUACUGUUUUCCACAGUGGCUGCACCAAACUGCACAGAAUGUUUUCUUUUCAUCAACGUUUGAUUUUUGUGGAAUAACAAAUGGUUUUUACUUCAUUCUUUGCAUUUUUUAUGUAUUUUUCAAAUUUCCUACAGGGACGAGAUAUCUGAUUAAAGGGCUAUUAGGAAAACCAUAAUAAGCAUGAUUCACGACUACAUUGCCCUUUGUCUAGCCUUUUCUCUCUCGUAUCUCACAUGGCUCCAUCAAGGUAAGUAUUUGUGAGCUGUAUCAGUCAGGGCUCAAUGGAAGGAAAACAGAAACUACGUCAGCUAAUUUUAGCAGAAAAGGAACCAAGGGCUUACAAAGUCAUUCGAAGGGUUGGAGGAGUGGGUUCCAGGUGGGACCUCCUGGAAUGUUCCAGAACACCACCACCAGCCAGCAAGGGGGCCACCCUUGCUCUAUGAAGGGGGUACCCACAUGCUGGGACCCUGCUGAUAAAAAAAUACACAGCUUCUCUUAACCUUGCAUGUUCCAGCAGUAGCUGGAUCCACAGAAAGUUGCCCCCUGCUCACUUGCUCCUUCCAAAUCGCAGGCCAGAGCAUGUAAUUGUCAGAUCUGAACUCACACCGGAAACUCAAGCUGCAAAAGAGCCUGGGAAACACACUUUUCGGCUUUCUAGCCUGUGAAGUAGAGGAAGAGACACUCGGAGGAGGUUGAGAAGAAUAUGAAUGGGUUCAAUCCAUCAGGAUCAUCAAGAUUUUAAUAUUUAAUAAAGUUUAAAUAAAUUUAACAUUUAACAUAUUAAAUUAACAUUUAACUUGGUUCAAUACCUAUUUGAGCUAAACAACUGAUGGUGCUUUUUUUUUUUUUUUUUUUGUAUUGGCACUGUGAAAUGACUUUUUCCCCCAUCUGUGGAGUCUACAAAUUUACCCCUGAAGCCCUGUCUGUGACACACAUCCUUGAAAUCUGGAGAAGUGGUUUCCUUUAAGAAGUUCUCAUAUCUGACUCUGAGUAUUUUGCGUUUGGGUGAUGCUGAAGUGAAUAACUGCUUUCUCUACAGGAAGUGAGAAACUCCUGUGUGUUACUGGAGGCAAGAGUUUCCGAGUAUUCUCUUGAGCAUAAUGAGCACGUCCUGGAGGAAACAAUAUAACUUGAUUAGUCGAUUUUUUUUUCAAUUAAAGAACCAGCUGCUCAAGAACAAACUCAGAUGCCAAGAAGCAUUUGAGAAGAUGCUUAGUGUCACUAAUAAUAACUGAACAAAGGCAAAUUAAAACGAAAGUGGCUCAUCCGAUGGACAGCAAUGAACAGGUUCAGUGGUGUCGUUGAGUGAGAAGAUGCAGCUGUUCUCACAGACCACAGCUGGAGGUGUGAAGGGGUACAAAGUUCUGGAAGGGAAUUCGUCAGGUUGACCAAAGAUUUAAAUGUGUCUCCCUUGUGACCUAACCAUUCUACUUCUUAAGAAUGUAUCUUUCAGAAAUGUCCUCACAUAACACAAAAAUAUAUUUAGAGAGAUUCUCUGAAGCACUGGGUCCUCAUCCUCUCCCCUCCCCUCCCUGCCUGCCUAAGUUGAGGUGGGGGGACUGAGAGUUCCACUCUAACUUUUCAAAGUCAGGGAGAAAGGUCAUCUGCAGAAGGCUAAGGAGCCAGUGUGGGUAAAAUGCAAUUUUCUUCACGUCACCUUGUGUGGGAAAUACUAGAACGUUGCAUAACACCCCUCCAUACUACUGACUGUCUCUUGGAGUUCUGAACCCUUUCACACACUAAAUUAAAAAAAAAAAAAAAAAAAAAAGAA